AUGGAUGCCCAUUACAGAGCGCUGCUCUCUGCUAAAGCUUGUGUGGACUCCCUGCCCAGAUCUCUCCUCACCAGUAUCAAAUACUGUGACUGGCAGAGGAGAGAGAGAUCCAGACAGAGGACAGGAGACCAGAAUGUCCACCAUGCAAACCCAGCCAAUCCCAGUGUACACACAGCUCUCAGGGCACCCCAGCCUGGCCACCUCACCUCUAGGGACCAUCAACACGCCCAGGGGCCCUACCAGAGCCCAGCUCAAAGGACCUACAGCGGGGACGUCCUGGACAGACACCCAGGGGUGUUCCACAGGGUCGGCCAGCAACCUUUCACCCCCAGGACCCACAGGAACCAGCAUGACUCCUUCAUGUCUCAGUAUCGCUACUACACCCCACCGCCAGGCCAGAAGAAGGGACAGACUGAGAGGAAGACGCAGCCCUCUUCAUCACAGAACACCUCUGGGGGUAGUUGCCAUGGUCACAAGUGGUCUAUCAAAUACAGUGCGACAAACACAGGAGCCGAUCAAGCUGGCAGGGAGGGAGAGGAGAAAGAGGGGGAUGAUGAGGAAGAGGAGGGGAAAUAUCUACAGUUCUUGGAAGAUGUGACCAAUGAUAUUUUACGCUACGGGUUCUACUCUGACAGUGUUCUGGAGUCCGUCUUCAGCUGGCAGAUGACAUGGAGACACGACCUGAGUCAGGUAAAGAUGAGGAGGCUUACUGAGGAACUGAGAGCUUCCCUGAACUCCUGAGUCACCCUGGCUUGUCGUCGGGCAGAGCAGAGAAACCAGUGUUUUUGACGGCCCUUUUGGCUCAUAGUUAAACAUGGAUCAGCAGCUAACACAAUGCAUGUAGUGCAGUAGAGAAGACAAAUAUCUGACCCUGUAUCGGGAGAAUGUCUGCCUACUGGAGGAUGGAAAUAAUGACCUUUGGAUUGCUGGGUUUAAAACCAAGGUGGAGUUGUCUGUUAUUGUAUGAUACUUUAGUCAAAUGUCAUUAAUAAAACUAUUUUGAAUCUCAGCCAAAUUUCUAUCUAGAUUUCCUUUCUAAUAGGUGUUCAAAAGCUAUUUAGAACAGUUUGAACGCACAGAAAGUAGAACGGCUAUAAAGCCUAAAUGUCUGCAUUUUACCCCUUGCUGCACAAUAAAAAAUCAUUAAAGAAG